AAUUUCAAAAUGGAGGAGUUUAUCCCAGGAAACCAUGAGGCCGAAAUCUGCUAUGGAGGUGAAGCUGACUUACAUAAGCAUUGCGCAGACUGUAAGAAGAAUCCAGGUCAUGUCAACUUUAUACCUGUCAAUGAUUUUAACUUGGAUCAUCUCCCCUCACGUUACCGUGACGUCAUCAUGUUGGAGCUGAUCAAAACUUUGUCUGCCCUAACGGUCCUGAUAAAGGUCAAGUACACCAGUCUAGAGAGACCAAAGUCUGUUCCAUGCUUCAGUGGUCAGUAUCCAUUUUAUAACACCAGAGGAAGUGACGUGUUGAGGACAGGGACGGGGAGGGUGUGUGAGGUGUACAAGUAUACAAGAAAUGACAUAUGGGGCACUUGUCCAUGUGGCAAGUGUCAACACUCGGACACACCCAGCAAAGUGUGGGGGGAGGUUUGUAUUUUAACGGCAACGCACGUGGUGUUUGAUGACAGUGAGGCGAGACAGACCAGUUGCAUUUUAGGAUUUGAUGACAACAAAAAUCCUGGAAUUCCACUCAACGUUAUGAAAGUGGAAAGGGCAGAUGUCGAAAAAAGACAGGUGUAAGUUAGCUUACGUCACAUGUGACUUGGCGUUACUUGACCAUCUGGGUAAAUUAGGAGAGAAAUUUAGAGAUUUGCGUUAUGAAGUCAAAAUCAAAUACGGGAACAUGAAUAACAGGCUGGUUGUUAUUUCGUCACAUCCCCACGGGUGUCCGAAGAUGGUCAGCAUUGGGCAGUGGUUCCACAGACACGAGAGGUCAGGUUUGACCAGCAAGUACACCUACAGCACAUGCACGUGCUCAGGGUGCAGUGGGGCGACUGUUUACAUGCUGGCUCAUGGCGGGCUGUACUGGUGGUCACACACACACAGUGGAACAAACUCUCUGGGUAAUUAUAGUGGGGAGCUGUUGGUCAGAGAGUUGUAAGUCUGCAAUCACAACUCUCUCCCGUUGACUA